AUGGUGAGUGACCGCAGUUCGUCGGGCUCCUCGGUGGAUUAUGCAGAGUGAGCAUUUCAUCGUUCUGUCGGUUGGUGCCAGCACCACCAAAUUCGAUUCUUCUCAGUACUUACAAAAACAACAAUCAUGCAUAAAAUAAAAGGACGAUCGACGGAAAAUGACAUUCAUUGUAAUUGUUGUCCCGACAGUUUUUACGUGAGAAUCGAAUUUGGUCGUAUGUGUUAUGAAUCACAGCCGGCUUCAGAAAGAAGUUUUCAGACCCAUACAAGGGGGUUCUUUUCAUCCAAGGUCGGUAAAGGAUCCUCGUCCAACAAGGUCCCGCCUCCUGUUUCUCUCGGAAACAACUUGUUAGCCGAGAACGCAGAUAACGGCUUGCAAUCCAAGGGAAAAGAGUCGGAGAAGGGUAUUAAAGACGUUGGUGGCACCUCCGCCUCCGCGGGAGGUGGUGGUCCUGCACCGGCGGUUCUUGAUGUACAGCAAGCUGCUUUUACGACGGCGGUAUCAUCGGUAGGCGCGACUCCAGUUGGAGGUCGUGCCUCGGAAGGAACGAAUGCGAGCAAACCAGCUACCGCAACUGCUGAUGUUGGUGAAAAAGCAACGCAAGGUAGUUGCGCCGAAAAGCAAGACACCUCCGACAAGAAAACUGCGCCUCUGAGCAUCAACUUACCCCCGGACAACCACGACCAACGAAGAUCGCCAGUGCGCUCGCGCUCUCGGCAGCACUCUCGGUCCUCUUCUUCCCGUUCUAACAGCUCCCGCAGUCGCAGCGAGCAGAUGAAAGGAACCACACUGGGGGCGGAGGAAGGCGAAGGUGGUCGCCGUCGCGGAGACGCGUCUUCGAAAGGGAAUCAGGGUGGCGAUCGGAGCAACCGCAAAGGGGCGGGGAAAAAUAACUGGACGAAAGGGGGUCGCGGACGCGGCGGAGCGAACAAAGGUCGUGGCAAGCAGUCCGACUGGUCGGGCAGGCACAGCACAAACAUCAACUUGCAGGAGAACCCGGCUAACAAUCUGCGAGGAAAUAGAAGCCGCGACGGAAACAGAAACACCACGGGAACGAAUAACAGAAAUCGUUCUACUCGCCGCUCUCGUUCCCGCUCCGCCCGCGACGGCAGCCGUUUCGGGAAUGAUGACCGGGGCGGGAAAGGAAAUGGCUUUCACCAUCGCGAUCGCCGUGACACUGCUGCUACUGGUAGGAGCUUCAACAGGGAUACCACUACAACCCGGGAUCAUCGCUUUACUCGGGGCCGCGGCGUCGGGAGAGACAACUACAAUCACGGCCGGAACAACUUCACGCGAAGCAGUCGGAGCCGCGGGCGAGACCGUCGCGACCGAGGGGACCAUCGUGGCGGCGGCCGGGGCCACACCGCGUACCACACGCAUGAUCGCCGAGGCCAACAGCAAGGUAUGGUUUACAAUGCAUAUUAAGAGCCUAGUUUUGGUGCUCGCCGACAGGAAAUAAUGUAUGAUAAAGCCGGCCGCGUUUUCGUGUUGGGCGAAAUUAAUUUUGUAUCUAGAUCCACUCUACGCCACCGUCGGCUCGUUCGCUGCUUGUCUGAUUGAGAAGAUUCGUUCUAGUGACGGAAACCUGCUCGUCCUCGCGUAAGGGCGCUUACUGUAACUGUUGAUGAGGAGCAGGCACUAGAAAACAUAAUCGAUGCUGGCAAGAAGAACAUCACUUUUUGCAAGAAAUCAAAUUUUUCUCAGGAGGUGGUUUCCGAGGUGAUCGUGGAAAUAACCGGGACUGGCAACAUAUGCAUUUCAAAAGCGUCGCUGUACUCGUGUAAAUACCAAUCUUGCGCCAGCAUGACAAAUCUGGUUGCCUAGGCAAUUCAGCAUGACAAGUUCCAUUUGAUGUCAUGUUGAGCGAAUUUGUGAUGCGAUUUAUACUUGUCCGAUACGACUUGUUUUGCAAUGCAUACACCAGCGCCAGCGCCGCGGUGGGACAAACUACAGUCCAUCUCGCGUCCAUGAGACAGGGGCUCCUGCUGGUGGGAGCAAAGGAAUUGGGAAUCAACCUCUUGACCACGACGGGAAGAAGGACGUCGAGAAGGAGACAGUGAUUGUCGAAGUGGACGCGGUUGUUUCGGGAGAUGAAGGUAAGAACGCUCCACAACCACAGCUGGCGGCCAAAAAAGAUGAUGCGGAGGCCGGCGACGGUAAUGCUAAUGUCGACAAGGUGGAGCAGGACGAGGACCAGGAAAAGGUAGAUCAACCAGGUGGAACUGCGGACGCGAACCGCGACAACGCGAAAUCUGGCGCAGAGAAGAAAUCGAAGCCUGAGAAGUUGCUGCCUUCGGACAAAGAAGAUUCCUCGCGCGAGCAAGAUGACAAAUCUGUGGACGACGACGAAAUGGACGAACAUUCUUCCAAGAGCGCUGCUAGUCAACACAGCGACCACCGGGGCUCCUCUGACGAAGAUGAUGAGGCGAAGAGCAAGCAAUCGUCGAAAAAGCUCACCAAGCAAGCAGAUUCCGGUCGUUCCGAAUCGGACUCAUCACACCGAUCGCGCAGAGGUUCAUCUUCGGAAGAAAAUGUCCAUAAAUCCGACUCCGAAAGAAACAAUGAGGAGAAACCCGGGAAGAUGAAACGAGGACGAUCUCGGCGGAAUGAAAACUCGUCUUCGCGGCACUCAUCUAAAUCUUCCCGCGGCGCGGCUGUUUCAUCCCACAACGAGAAAUCGAAAUCCAAAAAAAGCAUCAGCAGCAGGAAGACGAAGAUGAGUAAAAAGAGUUCUGUUGACAAGAAGGGAACAAGCAAAAGUCCCUCGCGGCGCGACCGGCGUAGACCUGUCUUGAAGAACAAUAAAGCCGACCUGUUAGACGACGACGGAGAAGCGCUCGACGAGUCGGAAAUUGGUGUGGUGUCCGCGAUUGGAGGAAAGAAGCCUGCUUCCUUAUCGAUUGCAAAUAUGUCUGGGUCUGAGAGAUUGCGAGAUUUGUCACGCAAUUAAUCAUAAUCUGGCAUGACUCUGAACUCUGUAUUGCGUGGCCGCGAAGAGCUCUUCCUCCCUGUCAUGCAAAAACGCAGCGUCUCAUGCGCCGGAAUACGCAACUCAGUACCAUGAAAAAAACUUGUCAUGCUUGGCAGCGCAUUACAGUGAGCUCACUACUCCCUUCUUCGCAUCACAAGUUUCCAGACCCAGACAUAUUUGCAUUUGAUAUUUCUACGCGGCGAACAACCAAAAGAAGGCCUCGUCCUCCACCGGAAAUAAAAACAACAAAGACUGGCUGGACAAGGCGCGCGCCCCGCCGCAGAAGCGCGAAAACCGACC